AUGACAGUUAACACCAAGAAUUACACGAUUCAGGCCGAGGCUGACCGCAUUUUUAAGUCGAUAGUCUCUGACGAGCGCCUCCACGUGCCCCUGGAAGCCAAGGAGUUCGCCUCUAGAGUCAAAUUCACGGGCACCGAGACGCAGCCAUUCUACCCUGUACCGUUCAAAUGCGCCGAAACGCAGGCAGCUGUUCUUGGCUAUAUUGGAAUCUUGGCUGCCGCCAUCUCCAAGGAGCGUUUCAACCUGGAUCAAGAUAUCUCGAUUGAUGUUCCGGGAUCCAUUCUAGCCGGCCUGGGUGCCCUGUUUAUGAGAUCCGAAGACGCAUGGCUGACCUCCUCUGACAAGAUGGUGUCUGCUGUCAAGCGGUGGGAUCACGGUAAGACCCGUGAGCUCUACCGUCAGCUCGGAACAAACAUCUACAAGACCAAGGUACUCACUCCAUGGCAACAUGGACCCAACGCCGCUCCUCACCAUGCUGGACCUUCCUCAGCACGAUGA